AUGUCUCUGUCACUUACCCGGGAGAUUCCUAUAUAUUUCCUGAAAACUAAAUCUAUUCCUCACGAUGGCUACGCAGAAUACUUCUCGCCCUCAAGAGGCUAUAGGCCCUGCUUUAUUCCAGUCUUCGAACACAAGUUCAACCACAAUAACCUACAAAAAGUUAGAGACCUAAUUCUCUCUGGAGAAAUGGUCGAAACAUAUGGUGGAAUAAUAUUUACAAGCCAGAGAGCCGUUGAAGGGUUCUCGAAGAUGAUACAGGAUGAGGUAGGAAUAGGAAAUAGUACCGUGAACCUCUCCCACUCUCUAGUGUUUUAUUCUGUUGGUCCAGCGACACAUAGAUCACUUAAGUCGCUAUGCGAUGCCUACUUCCCGCAUUCCCAAGUUAUAGGUGAAAAUGCCGGUACCGGAGAGAAGCUUGCCAGCCUUAUACUCUCCCAUUAUAACAGCCUACGAACACAAAUAUCAGAGGAUAAUAAAAAAGAAAAGCUACCGCUUCUCUUCCUAGUUGGUGAACAACACCGUGAUAUCAUACCGAGAACACUCAUGUCUCCGUCUGUCGACCCGGAAGAACGCAUUGGAGUUGACACAAUGGUUGUGUAUGAGACUGGCGUUAUGGAAUCUUUUGGACAAGAUUUUGUAAUGGCUCUUGAAAAGGAAGAACAGGCAAUUGCUCACAUGGAUGCUAAGGAUAAGUGCUUGCAUAAGCCUUUAAUAUGGGUUGUGGUGUUUUCGCCCUCUGGCUGUGAGGUAAUGCUACGGCACCUGGGGCUACUGGGAAAUGACAGAAGAGAAGAAGAUAACCGACAACCAGAAGGAGGUAAAGGGCCGGUACAACCGUCCAGGAUAGGGAAGACAUCGAGAACGUGGAUGAAUUUUGAUUAUCGGAUUGCAACCAUCGGCCCGACAACAAGAGACCAUCUGGUUUGCAACUUUGGCAUCCAGCCGGAUGUGUGUGCUGAGAAGCCUUCACCUGAGGGAUUAGGAGAAGGAAUUCAACCUAUUAUAGAUCAGUGGAAAGGGCUGUCUAAAAUACAAGACGGAUGA